UUAAAAACUCACGAAGCUCGGAAACAGCUUGAUAUUUUUCGAUUCGAGGAAGAUGACUGCAACCGCCGGUGCUGGUCACUGCUGGUUCUUGAAGACUGGUUCUUGCGCUCUUCUUCGUCAGCACUCGUCCUCUUCACCUCUCGCCAAGACACUCCCUUCGCGUCCUCGUCUUCCAAAGAGCCGCAAUCCCAUUUCGUGUUCCCGCAGUGCGCGCGAAGAAGGCGACAAUGCUUCGACGAGCAGCAGCGGAAGUGCGGAUAGGGCGAAGGGGUCGGGGACCACCGCGAGAGCCCGGAGGCUGCUCAAGAUUCGCGAGGAGAAGCGGAGGCGUGAGCACGAUCGGCUUCACAGCUAUCCCGCUUGGGCCAAGGUUCUAGAGGACGCCUGCAAGGACGACACUGAGCUUCGCGCCGUUCUUGGUGAUAGCAUCGGCAACCCCGAGCUCAUGAGGCAAAAGGUGGAAGAACGAGUGAGAAAGAAGGGUCGAGAUUUUAAAAAAUCUAAGACUGGAUCGGUCCUCGCUUUCAAAGUUAGCUUCAGAGAUUUCAAUCCUGCUGAAUCUUACAUAUGGUUUGAACUCUAUGGAUCUCCAUCAGACAGGGAGGUUGAUCUAAUUGGAAGUGUUAUUCAAUCAUGGUAUGUCAUGGGGCGCCUGGGUGCCUUCAAUUCUUCUAAUAUGCAGCUGGCAAAUAUGUCGAUGGACUAUGAUCCUCUCUAUGAUGCUGACAAGGGUGCAAAGGUGAUACCAUCAUCAUUCCAUGAUAUUGGUGAUGUGGAGUUCCAGGACAACUGGGGUCGUUUUUGGGUAGACCUCGGUACCUCUGAUUACUUUGCUGUUGAUGUACUCCUAAACUGCUUGACAGUAUUAAGCUCAGAGUACUCGGGCAUUCAGCAAAUUGUUUUUGGUGGUCGGCGCAUGGGUGACUGGGAAGAAGGGAUGACCAAUCCAGAGUAUGGAUAUAAGUACUUUAAGAUUUGAUUUAUAUGUGAUUAUUGUUAGAUGAUCCAUGCUCUAUGUACAUUCUUACAACUUGGCUGGAGCACAUAGGUCAAAAGUCCUGGUUUUGGAAAGUGGAUUUUGAUUGCAAGUCAAUUGCCAACUAAGAGCAUUGGAGUUUCGUUGAAGAAUGGGAAGUCAAAUUACGUAGUGACAUGACGAGGCUGAUUCAUCUCUUCAGAA